CCUUCUAUUAUCGAUGACAUGAGGCUGUGAACGCUCUUCCUCCCUCUUCCACGGGAGGCCAAGAUGACCACCGCUGUCAGCAGCUGCCGCCAGCUCCUCUCCUCCCCAUCUCUCCCCACCUUCUUGCGCCGCCCACCGUCUCCUCCACUCCCUCGGCGCUUCUUCAGCUGCAGCGGCAGGAAGAAGCGGCAACAGUGGCAGCCGCGCCGCAGCUCCGCCGGCUUCCGGGCGCGGUGCGGACUCCUACCGGUGGACCCCUGGGCGCCCACCGUCGACUCCCAGAGCGUCGCCUCCCAGCUCUUCGCCGCCUCCCUCUUCCCCUACCUGGGCUUUCUGUACUACAUCACCAGGUCGAACACCGCGCCCAAGCUCACCCUCUUUGGCUUCUACUUCCUGCUCGCCUUCGUUGGCGCCACAAUUCCUGCUGGUAUAUAUGCAAAGGUGCAUUAUGGAACCUCAUUGUCAAAUGUUGAUUGGCUGCAUGGUGGAGCAGAAUCCUUGCUUACUCUCACAAACUUGUUUGUCGUUUUGGGUUUGAGGGAAGCAUUGAGGAAAAUAAAGGAAGCAAAAAAGAGCACACCUCCAGUAGUUUCAGAAGUUAAAGAAAAAAGUUCCGUAUAGGUUACGUUGAUGGCUCUCCAAUGUCCACCUGAAAUGAUCAACAUCCCAGGAGAACCCAAUCCAGUGCCAAAUCCAGCCCACAAACUAUGGUUACGUCAAGAUCGCCUCAUCCUCCAAGCUAUUCAAGCUUCCGUUGUUGGAUCCAUUGCCCCACUGAUAUCCUCAUGUACGACUGCUGCAGAAGCAUGGUGCAAGUUACAAACAACUUUGGCAAAUCACUCGCGUACUCGUAUGCUCGGACUUCUCUCCAAUUUGAUGAAAACAAAACAAGAGGGAAGUAUUAUUGCUGAUUAUCUACAACAUAUCAAAGAUAUCAUCGAUGACUUAGCUUUGAUAGGUAAUUCUUUCAGUGAUGAAGAAGUCCUAAUCCAUACCCUCAAUAGCCUAGGAGGCGAGUACAAAGAACUGACAGCAGCACUUCGGGCACGCGACUCACCAAUAUCAUUCGAAGAACUUUAUGAUAAGUUGAUCGACUCUGAGACGUACUUGAAGCGUGAUGAUAGGUUGCCCGGAUCACCUAUUACAGCUCAGGUCAAUAAAAAAUCCAAGAGGAAGAGCAACCAGUACAAUAAGCACGUCAACAACGAUUUGGCUAAGCUACCUCCUAGCCCUAUAGGGCCCAGACCAUACCCCCCUUAUUCAUAUCAAGGUGGUAACUUUCAUAAUCCUCAAACGUCGCGUCCUAACUUAACAAACCACCAACAAGUCAUUUGCCAACUAUAUGAUAAAGUCGGACAUUCCGCGAAAGUUUGUCGGUCUCGCCCCAGAUUCCCUACUCCAUCAUAGUGGCCUCAGGCAAAUUUCAUGGCUACUCCAACUCCUACCCAACCUAAUUGGAUUAUGGACUCGGGCGCCUCUCAUCACAUCACCUUUGAUCUUCAAAAUUUGUCCAUCCACAAUAACUAUGACGGAAAUGAAGAUAUCAUCAUUGGUGACGGUAAAAGAAUUCCUAUUACUCAUUCUGGUUCCUCAACGCUUAGUUCACUUACCACAAUUGCACCUCACAUUAAAAGAAAUCUCAUUUUCGUUUCUCAAUUCUGUAAACAAAAUAAUACUUCCAUUGAAUUCUUUCCUAACUUUUUUUUUGUCAAGGAUUUGAGCACGAGGGCAUCUUUAGUCCAAGGCCAGAACAAAGACAACAUUUAUGAGUGGCCAUCCGCUUCGCAAAUUACCCUACCUACUGCUCACUCUUCAGUCGCAGCUCCAGUUGAUGUAUGGCAUCGUCGUCUUGGUCAUCCCUCCCCUUUUAUCCAGCAAAAAUUACUUUCUUGUUAUUCUCUUCCUACCUUGAAAAUCAAUAGCACUAUCAAUCAUUACAAUGCUCGUCUUUGCAAUAAAAGUCAUAAACUGCCUUUUGGGACAACCUCCAUUUCUUGCUCUAAACCAUUUGAAAUCAUUUAUACCGACGUGUAGGGCUCUGCCCCAAUUCCUUCUUUUGACAAGUUUCAUUUUUAUAUCAUUUUUGUAGACUAUUUUACUAAGUACACAUGGUUAUAUCCUCUCCACCAUAAGUUUGAUGUUUCCACAGUAUUUACCAACUUUCGGAAGUUGGUCGAGAAUUUUUUUUAAUCUUCCAUUAAAACAGUUUACUCUGAUGGCGGAGGCGAAUAUCAAGCCCUCAUAUUUUGUCUCUCCGCUUGCGGUAUACAACACCACGAUCUAAGCCUUGCACUUUUAUAGGCUACUCUCUUGAACAUAAUGCUUUUCGAUGCUAUGAACCCCAAACUAAAAAAGCCUUUAUAUCACGUCAUGUUAUUUUUGAGGAGUCUGUCUUUCCUUUUCAAAACAAUCCUACUAUGCAGGCUACUCC